AUGGAGGUUGGCGGGGUACUGUCGAGCGUUCUCAGUUUGGUCUGGCCAUCCACCGACACCGAGUAUGAUAUCUGGGCGCUUAUCAUCGGCGAGGUCAAGGAGUUGGUCGAUGUGGCGAUCCUGGAGAAGGAGCUGAAUGAACGGCAGGGCGAUUUCUUGGGAUUGAGACGGGAUAUGACCCGCUACACAAGGGCCAACACGGAUACCGAGAAGGGCAACGACCUCACUGUGGCAUUGGCCAAGGUCGAAGAUUUGAUUGCCCAUCUCACCAUCUCAACAAACAAGUACCAGCUGCUUCCGCUUACGAUCGUUGCUGCAACCAUCCACUGCUCGAUCCUCAAGGAGAGGAUCACGAAUGGCAAAACUCUCUAUGGUAUCCAAGACCCGAGUUGGGACUAUGCAUUGCAAGCAGCUGUGUCGUACUACCAGUCCUUCUUCAAUUUCACCUAUGGCCUGUGGAAAGACUGGAGAAAGACCAAAAUCGAGACGUCGACUUCCCACAAAGGAAGUCGCCGGAGGUGCUGCACUGGCUGUUACAUGACCAUGACGGAUGACUUGACCAACAAUAAGCACAGCCUUUAUUGGCUCAACGACGACGACAUCUGUGACACUAUUGCAGAGAUGACUGUGUCCCGAGUCUUGAAUGAGGCAUGCGGCUACAUGGCGAAGGCGCUGCAGCCGAUCAUGUACUUGCAGCGGUACAUUCCCGGCAUGGAGUCUGCCAAAGUUCAAGUCCUGCCUGCUGUGGAGCAGAUUUCCGUGGGGCCAUACGCGGCGGUGACCCAAGACACUGAGGACGAUAGCCAGGUGCGGUACGAUGAGGAGACAAAUUGGUAUGCCAACGGAGACGGGAAGAUCGGUGACAUCACCACGACAAGUGUGUGGGGAAAGAACGUGAUUGAUUCCUUUCGCCUGCAGUUCUCAGACGGAGGAGAGGCGCGGGGUGGUUCCUCCUCGGGUGGGCAGGAGAAUUCCUACGAUCUGUCGGACAAGUACAUCACUGCCGUAACGAUGUACUUCCGGAAACCCAGCACCGAAUUCGCUCAUUCGGGCGAAGUGGUGAAGAUGUCUCUGGACUUUUCUGACGGCACCUCCACGGGGAUACUAGGUGGCUAUUACGACCAGGUCGCCGCCAAUCCGGUGGGGAUGACUGCCACUGUCGCGGAUGAUGCCUCAUAUAAAAUGGUGGGCGCCAAGCUGGGACGCAGUAUGGAUGGCUACUUCGGCUAUCUGGAAGCGACCUUCCAGUUCGUGGAGGUGGAUCUGUGGCAGGUUGCGGAAUCUGCAGCCAUCAGCAACCUUACUACGGGAGACAGGCUGGAGAAGAACCAGCACUUCAGAGUCCCAACCGCCAGUACAAGCUGCUCGUGGAAGAGACAGGAAAUGUUGCCAUCUACAACAUCUACGACCGCAAGACGUGGGAAACGGACACCGGCGGCCAGUGCACAGAUGACACACCGUUCCUGA